GAAAACAGACCCGUCCGCGAGCCGACUCUCAAUUAACCUCUAAUCUCGCGAGCGCUAAACUGGCUGGCGCCGCCUCUCGCUGCGUGGGGACUGCGAGCGAAGGAGAAGGGGAAAGAUGUUACCGCAGAGGAUGAAGAAGGCCGUCGCCGACAACCCGAAGAGGCUCGCCAGCCUCAUCGACCUCGUGAACCUGCCCUCCACCGUGCGCGACUUCGUGGGUCAGUCCCAAAUCUCCCACCUCGGCUGCUUCAUGCGCGUCUGGUCUCACAUCAAGUCCAACAACCUCCAGGAUCCUAACAACAAGAAUGUGGUGAACUGUGACGAGAAGUUGAAAAGGAUAUUGUUAGGCAAGCCACAAGUUGAACUCGCUGAGCUUCCGGCCUUGGUCAAACUGCUCUUUCCGAAAGUGCCCAAAUGAAUUCAUGAGGUUUAUUCUGAGGAUCCAUAUUGAUCCCCUGUGUAAUUGCGUCCUCUGUGGGCAUUUGCCAUUUCGUUCUGUCACUCCUAUUCAUGUAUGCAUGAUGAAGUGGCUAUCUCUUUCAUGUGGCUUGAGUUUGAGCAUCUGGAAAGUGAAGUGUCCUCAACUGGGGGGAACUUUUGUUUUCAUAGCUAGCUUGACUGAAUAUGAUGGCCCAGUUCAGAAACGUGCUCUUCGAAGAGGCGAUUUUUGCAUCUCUA